GCGCGGGGGUUAUUUUGGCGCCACUAGUUUCAGUCAGAAGUUGAGGGGAGGCUGAGGCGGAGUUCACCUCGCUUUACAGCUCGUGUCAGAAACAAGGUAAUGUUUUAGCGUCUUCUUUUGCAGACGUUUGCGUUGUGAGUGCUUCAUUAAACACUUAUAACCGCUUGUGAGAAUAAGAAUGGGCAGCGCGAGACGGUGGGAAUUAAGGACCGUGGACAUUAAGAAGCUCCGAAUAUAAAACGACAAGGACUCUAAACCCGGGACGCUCGAGACAGGAAGUGGUCAUUCGUCAAAUCCUAUGGCUUGAAGGCUGAGAGAGAGAGAAAGAAAGAGGGAGAGAAAGAGAGAGAGAGAGUGAGGGAGACUGAGAGAGGCGCGCGUGCCUCAGCGUGGUUGAGCUCGAGCUAGGUUUAUUGGCAGGUCUGUAUUUUGCACUAUUCUGCCAGGCAUGAUAUUCAAGGAGUCGUGAAAAAUAAACAUAGAGGUGUAAUAAUGUGAGAAAUAUCAUCUCGUUCGUGUAGUAGUUAGCCCUUCGUCAUCAUCAUCAUCAUCAUCAUCAUCGUCACUUUCUGUCCACACUCUGCAGCUCUGCUACUGGCUGGAUAUUUUGGGCUGAUGGACUGUGUCUCAAUCCAGCCGUGACACUGAGGUGUUUAAAGCCCACACUAUAGCUGAUGGCCGUGACACGUGUGCCACCUCAACACCCACUAACAUGACACCACAAUGUCUGUGUCACAGCUGCUGAGAAUGAGCUGCUGCCCAAAUAAUAUAAGCUCAGGGGAGGUGCUGUGCUGCGGUGGUGCUGUGCUGCGGUGGUGGUCUCUCUCCAAUAAUGAACAGGAAUGGUUGACAAAUUACGCAUAGCAAACAGAUGGUCUACAGUCAGUUACAUCUUGUUUCAGACAUCUUUUCUGGUAGCAGCUCAUGGAUUUCCUCACGGAAUAUGGCAUCAAUGAGACGUACCACGACAACACGAGCGAGGCUUUCAAUGGCACGGACGUUGAAGCCAAGCACCAGUACAACUAUUAUGCCAUGCUCUUGACGCUGCUCAUCUUCGUCAUCGUCUUCGGCAACGUACUGGUGUGUAUGGCUGUCUCCCGUGAGAAGGCGCUGCAGACCACCACUAACUACCUGAUCGUAAGCCUUGCUGUGGCAGAUCUCCUAGUGGCUACACUGGUUAUGCCCUGGGUCGUGUACCUGGAGGUGGUGGGCGAGUGGCGCUUCAGUAAAAUUCACUGUGACAUUUUUGUCACUCUGGACGUCAUGAUGUGCACGGCCAGCAUUCUUAAUCUGUGUGCAAUUAGUAUUGACAGGUACACAGCUGUUGCCAUGCCGUUGUUGUACAACACGCGGUACAGCUCCAAGCGCCGCGUCACAGUUAUGAUCUCGGUGGUAUGGGUUCUGUCCUUUGCCAUCUCUUGCCCCCUGCUAUUUGGGCUAAACAACACAGCGACACGUGACGAUGCCGUGUGCGAGAUUGCCAACCCGGCCUUUGUGGUGUACUCGUCCAUCAUGUCCUUCUACGUCCCCUUCAUCAUCACACUCCUGGUCUAUGUGCAGAUCUACGUGGUACUGCGCAAGCGUCGGAAAAGAGUGAACACCAAGCGCAGUUGCCAGAGGGCGGACGCCGAGCCUCAGCUUCCUCUCAAGGAAAAGUGCACACACCCAGAGGAUGUGAAACUCUGCACAGUCAUUGUAAAGACCAACGGGAGCAUGCCUGCCAAAAACAAGAAAACACUGGUGAUAAAGGAGGUGAUGCAGCAGGACAGCAAUGUGGAGGUGGGCCUCAUGACCAGCCCCAGUCCUCCAGAAAAGUUGAAGCUGGCACCCGCUGCGACAGGACCUAUGAUGGCUAGUCAGAGUCGUGCUUCACCAUUGCAAGACGAGUGGCAGCCCAGUUCGGAUGAGAAGAAUGGCCACGCCAAGGACGCCCAGGUGCCUGCGGGGGCCAAAGCAUUUGAAACGCAGACCUUGUCCAAUGGCAAGACACGCACUAAUGUCACCAAGCCCAUGAGCAAGAGAAAGAUGUCACAACACAAGGAGAAGAAGGCCACGCAGAUGCUUGCUAUUGUUCUGGGUGUUUUCAUUAUAUGCUGGCUGCCCUUUUUCAUCACUCACAUCCUGAAGACCCACUGUGCUAGUUGCUAUGUGCCUCUGGAAAUGUACAACGCCUUCACGUGGCUGGGAUACGUGAACAGUGCUGUGAACCCCAUCAUAUACACCACUUUCAACGUGGAGUUUCGUAAGGCGUUCAUGAAGAUCCUGCACUGCUGAGUGCACCUUUCUGCACGGGCGUGAGGUUAGUGCCAUCAUUUUCUCUGGCUGAGAAGGUAGAAGACCUUUUUUUUUUUUUUAAAGGACAGAAUCAACAUCAUAGACACAGAGGCUUUUCAGCUGGACUCAAAUGAAUGUAAAUCCGGAGGUUUAUUUGGAGGUGUGGAGCUUUGUAGUUUUUAAAAGCCUCUGAAAGAAGCCUGCGGCUAAAAGAGCAGUGGGUGAGAGAGAGAGAGAAAGAGAAAGUGUGUGUGCGUGUGUGUGUGUGUGAAUGAAUUACGCUGUAUGGAACGGAAGAACUGCAGUAGGGGUCCAAGCACUCAUUGCUGGAGUCCUCUUGAUUUUUUUCUUGAUCUUCCUUCCACUUCUUCUUCUUCAUCAUCUUCUUCUUCUUCUUGUUUUUGUAUGAUAUGUAUGAAGCAUAAAAUCAGAAGGCUUUCUCCACCUUGCGUGAACGGCCUACAUAAGUACUCUUACUGACAUUCAUCAGUUGAGUACGUGGUGAAAUAACACAAUGACGGAAACGCAGGAGAAGAACUCACAGCCAGCGCUGCCCAUACCGUCGCAUGGACCUUGUAAUAAUUCUGUAUGGAAAGUGUCUCCAGGGCUUCAGUGUUUAUUUACGACGAGUUGGCAACAAUCAGAUCAAACCAGGUAGAGCACCCAAAAAAAAAAGAUGUUAAUGAUUCGGUAUCUUAAAAAUGUGUUGGAAAAAAAAAGUGGAGACCCAGUCAGCAUGGUUCUCUGAGAAGGAAACUCCGGCUAGUCGCUUAAUCAUCUUAAUCAUCGUUAUGUUUAGCUUUAACAGGAAUCUAUGACUGUAUUCUUCUCAGCUAUGGUAGAAUCUGGAUAUUCGGUGUAGUAAGCAUGUUUAAAUUUUCAGAUUUAUAUAUCUGUAAUAUAUAUAUAUUACAGAUAUAUAUAUAUAUAUAUAAUAAAUAUUAAAUAUCCCAGUUCUAUCAUUUACAAUAAUUAGAUCAUAUCAGUUUUGGACGUCGUUAACAUUUUGAUCCUUGGCCCUAGUUGGAUUACUGUAUAAAUUGCACAUGUUGUGUAUUGGGGUGUUUUACACCUGAAUAUUAAUCUCUUUACAUAAUCAAGAACGAAACCCUUUAAUCCGAGCGUAUGAUCCUCUAGCCCCGAUACGUGAGAAAGACUUGCAAAGAUUUUCUAUAGUAAAGGAAAACGAGACAUUUUGUCCUCAUUUGUACAAGCUCAGGAAAGCUCCGGCUUUGUCUAACUGUUGUCAAACAGAAGAGAUUUGCUCAGCGCAUCAUGUGGAAACAGCAACACAAAGGCAAAUCGAUAGUGUGGGCAGUGUAAUAGUGAAAAAAAAAAAGGCAAAGCAGUGCUUAGAGCCCUGUGAUGGGGUUUUGUUUCUUAUCGCUAGUAUCCAUAGAGCGAAAGAAAGAAAGAAAGAAAGAAAGCUCAUUACUGGAGGUUAUUUUGAGAAAAGGGUUUAUAAGGUGAUGACACUUUUUAAAAAUAUAUGAAUGGUUAUGAAUAAAUGAAAAGUUUUCUUUUUAAUGAAUCAAGCUCACACAGGAAUCAGUAUUAUAUUAUAGAUUUCUCCAGAUUUGAAUCAUUUAUAUUUAUUUAUUUAUUUUAUUUAUUUGCAUAUGGACUUUUUUAAUAUGUGAAUACAAAGGAGAUCUAGAGUAUGUUAAAAAAAAAAAGGACUUGCAGAUAAACGCAUGGCUAAAAUAAGCCAUAAAAAAAGGCCUUCCUAUCACGCACACACACACACACACACACACACACACACACACACACACA